CUGAGCCAGUCAGACCUGUCAAUGAUAAACCUCACAAGUUUAAGGACCACUACUGCAAGAAGCCUAAGUUCUGUGACGUCUGUGCCCGCAUGAUAGUCCUGAAUAAUAAGUUUGCUCUGAGGUGUAAGAACUGUAAAACCAACAUCCACCACCAAUGCCGGUCCUAUGUGGAGUUCCAGAAAUGCUUUGGAAAGAUUCCCCCAGGUUUCAGACGGGCCUACAGCUCUCCUCUGUACAGCAGUCAACAGAAUGCCACAGUCAGUCAACUUCUGCCCUUCUCUCAGUCCAACCGCACUGACCCAGUCUUUGAGACCCUGCGUAUUGGUGUGAUCAUGGCUAACAAGGAGCGCAAGAAGGGAUCCGAGGACAAGAAAAACAUGAUGAUGAUGAUGAUGAUGGAUGAAGAUGACUCACAGCAGCCUGACAAACCAGAGGAAGGAGGAGGGGAGUGUGCAGUCCAGGAAGGAGACAAGAAAGGAGACAAAGCUGGUCUCGAUGACAAGAACAAGAAGCCUCAGCCAGGAGGGAAGAUAGGCGUUUUCUCUCAGUCCCACUACCACCUGGCACUGUAUCGCUUCAAAGCUAUGGAGAAAGAUGAUCUGGACCUGCAUGCCGGGGACCGGAUCACAGUGAUAGAUGACUCUAAUGAGGAAUGGUGGAGGGGUAAAAUAGGGGAGAGAACUGGCUUCCUGCCAGCUAACUACAUCAUUAGAGUGCAUUCGGGAGAGAGAGUAUACAAAGUGACACGUUCCUUCGUUGGCAACAGAGAGAUGGGUCAAAUCACACUAAAAAAAGAUCAGAUUGUAGUAAAGAAAGGAGAGGAGGUGAAUGGUUAUCUGAAAGUCAGCACUGGACGGAAGCUUGGGUUCUUCCCUGCAAAUCUACUCCAGGAGAUCUGAUGCCAGGCAAUGGCCAAUUUCACAUAAUCUAUUCCACCUGUAGGCUCUUUGUAUUUUGAACUGACUCUAAAGUAUAUAGGCAUUAGAAAUUGACCCUGAGGGUGAUAUGAUGAUUAAAUUAUAACUGUUGACAAUUUGUUAUAAUUUUGUUAGCAAAUACUGCAUUGUGCCACUUUCUAUAUUUUGAUUUGGCUUUUUAAUGGAAUUGCGCGUUAUUAUUUAUGUAAUGUUCCACUCAACGCAUGUUACUAUAUUAUGCAGUACUUCAACCAUAUAUGUUGCCUCUGCUUGCUAUUUUAUUACCAUGAAGUCAACAAAAAACAAACCAUUUUGCCAGACUGACCUCAGCUGCCUAAAGUAGGCUCUGGGGAGCAACAGAUGCAAAUCUUGAUUGUAGGUCAAGCUCUAAGCAUUGUUUACAUUGCUUCUAAAGUU